UCAAAAACUGAAGAAUCUUCUUCGACUCGUCAAACAGGAACUGUAUUAAAAUUUAAUUAAUUUAGAAACAAAUCAAUGUCUUUCAAUACCAAAGAUGUGGUCCUUAAAGAGGACCGACCUAAGUCACUACUUCUUCAGAAACAUUCAGACUAUUUAGCAGGUUAUGGACUUGACAAAGAUGACUUCGAAUUUUGUAUGACUGAAUAUCUUCGAAUGUCUGGCAUAUACUGGAGCCUGACUGCCAUGGAGCUCAUGGGGCAAUCCUCAAGGAUGCCUAAAGAUGAAAUCAUAGAAUUCAUCACAUCAUGUCAAGACAAAGAGAGUGGUGGGGUCUCUGCCAGUAUAGGCCACGACCCACACAUGCUGUAUACCCUGAGCGCUGUGCAGGUGCUAGCCAUGUAUGACAGGCUGGAUGCUAUUGACGUGGACGGUGUAGUGAGAUAUAUCACCUCGUUGCAGCAGGAUGAUGGAAGUUUCUUUGGUGAUAAAUGGGGUGAAGUAGACACAAGGUUCUCUUUCUGUGCAGUGAUGGCUCUGUCACUGCUAAAACGGCUGGAUGCUAUCAACACCACCAAAACAGUUGACUUCGUAUUGAGUUGUAUGAACUUUGAUGGGGGCUUUGGCUCAAAACCUGGGUCAGAGAGCCAUGCAGGUCUGAUCUACUGCUGUGUGGGAACGUUGUCAAUAUGCAAACGAAUGGACGCACUCAAGGCAGAUGAGCUGGCGUGGUGGCUGUGUGAGAGGCAGCUGCCCAGUGGUGGGCUAAAUGGACGACCAGAGAAGUUACCAGACUUGUGCUAUUCUUGGUGGGUAAUGUCAUCACUAUCUAUGCUGAACAGGAUACACUGGGUAGACAAAAAGAGUUUAGAAGAAUACAUCCUCGCGUGUCAAGACGCUGAGACAGGUGGAUUCAGCGACCGCCCUGGCGACAUACCAGACCCUUUCCACACCUUGUUUGGGCUUACAGGACUAUCCCUACUUGGAAAUACUAGCAUAAAACUUGUGAACCCUACCUAUUGUAUGCCACAAGAAACUAUCGAUAGACUAAAGCUAGAACCACAAGUGCUGCAUAUUUAAUUAUAAGCUUUAACAUAUUUAUUUUAUUAUUAUUUUAUUUGAAUAAAAUCACAAUUUAUACACUGA